AUGAAGCGCCCUCCGGCAGACGAGGACACGGAGAGCGAGGUGGAGCUGGACUGCCGGGUCUGGCGAUUGCCGCGGAAGCUGCGCACCGGCAAGGCGCUGCCACCCCUGCAGGCUUGGGAGGCGCCGCCUGGCCUGCCCUCCUCGCGGCAACUCACGGCGCUCGCUGCGGCAGCUCGCAAGCUGGCGCAAGGGGGCCGCAGCUUUUGGAUCUCCGCGCGCGCCAAGCCGCAAAGCGCUGUGCAGCGCUUCGCGCUGGACGUGUUCCACUUCCACUUGGCCCGGCUUCAGCUGAGCGGCGACCAGAAAGCAGGCAUCGCGGGCGCGGAGGUUUGGGCUCAGCGCCGCAGCGCGCGAGAGAGUAAGGAGCGGCGUGGCAUGAACUGGCACUUCGACAAGGACGAAGACCUCCUGGACGAGUGCGGCCUUUGUGUGCAUCCCUUGGUUGGCACUGCUACGUACCUGACUGACGCAGGCGCGCCCUUGACGGUGCUCACCCAGCCCACGCUGCGUGUGGACCGCGGCUCGGGACCUGACCCCGACCAGCCGCAGCUGAGGCGCUCAUCCUCUGCACUGGUGGCCUACCCGCGAAAAGGGCUCCAUGUGGCCUUCAGCGGCCAACUUCUGCACGGAGUGCCCGGGCAGCUGGAAGAAGAGCGCGGGAAGGAGCGCCUGGCGCUCUUGGUGAAUGUGUGGCUGCUGCACCGCCCGCUGGGCCUCCGAAGCUCGGGAGGGGGGCGCUCGUCGCCGCGGAAGAAGCUGCGAGCCGGUAGGCUACUGCGCGGCUCGGAGUCAGCAGGGGUCGGCUGCACCAAGGCAUCCGCCGGAAAACGGCUGGCAGCGGACGCCAGCUGCCGCAACCACGUCUUGCAGGGGGCUGGCGCUUGUCAGGGCUCAGGUACGAACAGGGAUGGAGAUAUGCGCAAAGGCAAGUUGGAGUUCGGCGCCCGCGUGACGCACGUGAAAACCAGCGAGGGCUCGGUGGAGGUCCGCGGCAGCGGGAGCACCACCCGGUGCUCCAGGUUGGUCUGCGCGCUGCCGCCGGCCAACUUGAAGGCAGUGACCUUUGAGCCGCCGCUACCAAGCUCCCGGCAGGCAUUGCAUGAGGCGAACUUCAUCGGGUGUAUCAUUAAGUCGGUGAUCCGCUAUGGUCAGCCCUUCUGGCGCAACAAGGGCUUUAGCGGAGAGGUUGUGGCAGAGUCGACCGCUGAGGAGCCUGUCUUCAAUUGCUAUGACCACUGCAUAGGGGACAGCCACUUCCUGGUGUGCUUCAUGAAUGGCGCGCCUGCCAAGCUCUGGAGCUCUCGCUCCCAGGCGGAGAGGAAAGAAGUGGUGCUGAAGCAGCUGACGAAGUGGUUCGGCCAAGAGGCCAACGAACCUCUGGAGUUCUUGGAGAAGGAUUGGGUGGCAGAUGAGUUUACCACCGGCUGCCCGGUAGGAUGCUACCCUCCAAACACCUUGGCGCCGCACAUGCAGGCCUUGCGCGAGCCCUGCGGGCUGAUCCACUGGGCCGGCACGGAGUCCGCGGACUCGUGCCAGGGCUUCAUGGACGGCGCGGUGCAGGCGGCCCAGCGCUGCGCCCGCGAGGUGAUCGCAGCGCUCGAAGCCGCCCGCGCGUAG